UGAGGAAAAACUACGUUUCCCACAAACCAAUCUGCGUUUUGCCAUUGGUGGUGGUGCAGGUGACUGCAGACGCUCCGAGUUGUCACAACAUCUCGACGGACAAAACGAAAACAAAUUAGCCUCCGAAGUGGCCGUGGUGGUACACGCUGUAGCAGUCUGUGGAAAUACAGAGAAACUUGAAACUCUUAAGAGUUGUUUUCUUUUUGAACACGACUUCUGUUCCUGAUAGUGCCUGGCAGGAUUGGUAUUAUUAGAGCGCAUGAGAGAAGUGGCCACGCACUUUUCGUGGACCUGACUUCUUUACUGCGUUCUGUCUGACCUUCAGAGCGGACAGAGCAGAAGUGAUGCAGCACACAUACACACAAGCAGAGGCCGUCCCAAUGUGUGCACAGGCGUGUGGAGAUGGAUUGAGGAUUGAUACAGGAAGCAGAGGCGAAGAGCCUCAAGCGGACGGACGCUACAGGCCACACACGCUGGAGACAAACAUUUUGGAAGACUGAUUCUUAUUGAAAAGACUGUUUGAGAGACGUUUUCUUUUUUCCCACAACACAACUUUUUGUAAAUACACCUUUUAAAACCUGAACCACAACACGGAGAGCGGGCUUGCUGGGUCCCGACGCCGACGAAGGGCUGGUGCAGACCCGACGGCAGAGAGGCUGGGACGCACAUCAAAGCGCGCUGGCCGUCUCGACUAGGAAGACACCAAAAGCUAGCUGGCCCAGCUCCGAAAGGCGGAACUCUAAACGACACAGCGGCUGGAUUGAAAUCCACUUUCUUCAACAUCCAGACAUGUAGUCAGCAGCAUAAGCAGAGCGUACUUCCUCUUGUGAACUCUUUUUCCUCUCAAACAGCUUCCUCUACCUUUUCGGGCUGGACUGCGGUGCAUUGACGUCGGCUCGCCCUCCCCUGCCCCCUCGCCCCCCAGCAAUGGCCUCACGCAUCGGCCUGCGGAUGCAGCUGAUGCGAGACCAGCUGCAGCAAGAGGAGCAGCGUGAGAGGCAGCAGAUACAGCAGCAGAAUGCAGCCCUGCAAUACAUGCAGCAUUGCAUGGCUGGGCCACCUGCACCUACCCCAGCCAUUAGCACCCCGCAGCAUCAACAAAGCAUGCAGGUCCCCGUGGAGGUUCUUAAGGUACAGACCCACCUUGAGAAUCCUACCGACUACCACAUCCGUCAGUCUCGGAGGCAACAGGUGAAAGAAUACCUGUCCACCACCUAUGCUACCAAACAGACAGUCAAUGCAUUAGUAGGGCCAGUGCCGCCCUCUCCUCCCACAAACAUGGGACCUACAGGGGGUUCAGCGUCUGCCCCCCCACCCCUUCACUCCCCACACUUUCGCACUGAGCAGCUCAUGUCUGGAAACAGCGCCCCAAACAGCCCCAUGGCCAUGCUCAACAUCGGCUCCAGUCACGAGACAGAGAUGGAUGAGGUCAUUGAUGACAUCAUCAGCAUGCAGUCCAACUACGACGAUAUUCAGGCAUACAUUGACCCCAUCCAGAUGCCAAACACACUCCCCCUGUCAAGCAGUCACCUGGAUGUGUAUACAGGUCCGGGGAUGAAGGGUCCAGCCAUUGCUAUGACCAGCAACUCAUGUCCUGCCAACCUGACCGUCAAAAGAGAACUGUCAGACGCAGAAGCCCGUGCGCUGGCCAAGGAGAGACAGAAGAAAGACAACCACAAUCUGAUUGAAAGGAGGAGGAGAUUCAACAUCAAUGAUCGUAUCAAAGAGCUGGGCACCAUGAUCCCCAAAACCAAUGACCUUGUGCAUAGUGAUGUGCGCUGGAACAAAGGCACUAUACUGCGGGCGUCUGUGGAGUACAUCAAACGAAUGCAGAAGGAUGCACAUAGGUCAAGAGAGGUGGAGAACAACUUCAAAAGGAUGGAGAUGGCAAACAAACAACUGAUGCUACGCAUCCAGGAGUUGGAGAUGCAGGCUCGUAUACAUGGCCUGCCCAGCAACUCUCCUUCUGCCCUGAACCCGCCUGACCUGAUGCCUUCUUAUAUAAAGCAAGAGACCAGCCCAGAGGAGAACCUCUCUCACCCCCUGGCACACGCCCACCACCAGCCCCAGCACUUACCCCAGAACCAGGGUCAUCCCCAGGCCCAGCAGCACCACUUCCUCCCGCAAACCCACCUCCACCCCCAGGGCCAGGUUCAGCAACAGCACAGGCAGCUGCCCCCGCUCCCCCAACACCUGCAGCAGCCCCAGCCACCCAUCCAGUACCCAGCUGUAGGCAGCUCCCAGCCCUUUGACUUUACCCAGUCGCUGGACUUGUGUGAUGGGAUACCCGGCUUCUCAGACGGCAUGUCGGGGCUAGGCGACCUGGGUGGACUGGACGUCCAGGGGACGAGAGGCGAGAUGGGCUUCCUGAUGAUGGACGAGCCCUUGUCCCCUAUGGGAGGAGACCCACUGCUCUCUGCGAUGUCGCCUGAAGCCUCGGUCGACUCCAGCCGCAGAUCCAGCUUCAGCAUAGAGGAUGGAGACAUACUGUAGACACAUACGCACACACACACCCACAUUCACAAAUGCAUACACAAGCACAUGCAGAUGCAGAGGUUUCAGAAAGGUUGCCGUGAAAAUCAAAAUCAAAAAAACAGCAUAAAAAGUGACAGUUCAUCAGCACAACACAUUUACAGCACAGGAAUCUACCACCAGACAUGACAUCAUUCACCCAGUACAUACCCAUACAUACACACACACACACACACACAUAUAUAUAUAUAUAUAUAUAUAUAUACAUCACACAGUUUGAACAUACACCGACGACACUCAUUUGUGGUACAAUUAUUUCCCCUUAACGACACGAGCAAAAGAAGGUACACGGCCCUCACACAGUUGAAAACAUUCUGCAUAGUGCAAACGUUUGCACGCACACACACAAGCGCAUGUGAGAUAAACUGUGCAGCUUGAAACUUUGCCCACAGAGCAUUUACAAGGGGUGAACCAACACUGCCAGGUCAGGAGUUAUAUAGCACAUGUGGCCUUGUUUCCAUAAAGGUGACUCUGAAUCAUAAUUGAACCAGGGCCAAAACCAGCAGUUAAUUAGAUUGACGUUAUCAGAUACAAGGACAACCGAGUGCAUUGUCUCACUUGAUAGAGGACAAGUUAUUUUCUCCUUACAUCAACCUCUUUUAGUAACCAUAAAUGAUUGAGUAAGCGAUAGUGAAUAAAAUGGAAAUAGCUUCAUGGUCCUGCAUGCAUAAUUGAUCUUAAGGGGGAUGCAGUCCAGUCAGAUUGUUCUCUUCCACCAUCUGUUAUUCCAGUGUCGGUUUUAGCCUCUAGCACAAGCUGUUUGGUGUUUGACAACGAUCUGUGUUAGCCUGCUAAGUUGAAAUGUGUUCUUAAAGUGUCCACAUUUUAAAACUCACUGGAGGAGGCAGAUACUCCAGCAUUCAGCAAAGCCCCUUUAAUUUAUUGCAUAUACCCCACUUCUAGCUGUAAUUGUGGUCUUCUCACAAACACAUACACAUGCAAACACACACUGCUGUCCCCCAGUUUCUACACCUUUCAACACUUGACACUGCCAUGACCUUUGAGGGAGUAGAGAAAACAUUUGGAUGGUCUCCCGAAUACAGCGUGUCGUCCACAACUGUGAGGUGUCAAAAUACUCAGGUACUGUAACAGAAUACACAAGCCGGGUCAUUUUUAAGCAGUAGCAGAUGUUAACCUGAACUGUGUCCGGCUCAUGACCCCUAUCAAUGUGCCUUUUCAUUUUUGCAGCUGCUGCUCUUCAAAGGCGUGUUUUUAUAGGUUGGAGAUCCUAACCAGAGUUUAGAUUUAAUAUCAACUUCAAUUAUGCCUGUAAAUGCUUUAGAGUUAGCUUCUGUACCAUCUAUACCUUUGUUGUUGCAGGAGAUAAAUGUUUAAUUUUUCUCUCACUAAUUGAAUUUGUAGGGCCCAGCUUGCAUGAGAGGCCCAGGUGAAGGAAACAUUUGGUGGCAGGGUUUAAUACUGUAGAGAGAAAGAGUUAGUUUGUCUUAGCUGGCAGCGUAAGUAGUGUAGUCUUCACUGUAAAAGCACACACUUGCAUGCAUUGUCGCUCUCACUCAGUUCACAAACAGGCAUGCGUUAAAAGGGCAGAUGCUCACCUAAUACACACACAUGAUGAACACGUACAAACAAUACAUACAGUGCAGCCGUGAGGCUGUUUUCAAAUCAGCUUGUAAACAAGUCUCCUGUGCUUCAGUCUCUCCCCGGACGAGCUGAGUGAAGCUGCCAGCUGCAGAGGUGAAACUCAGGUCUGCUGUCCAAAGUGCCACCUAAUGAAAAUCUGCUAUCCUACUGGUUACAGUUGUCACGGCGAUGGUUGGGGAAGGCUGAGUUGGACCUGACUUGUAUCUCUGCUGUGGUAGACCUGGAGCUUGGCUUUGAUUUGAUAUAGCUUAUGAUCAGUACUGAUAAAAGUAGGAAAAAAAAACGUUGAUGGUGAUUUUUUUUUUUUUGAUUAAAAGAAGUGUUUGUUUUCUUUAUUAUUAUAGUUUGUUGUUUAUUAUUAUAUCUCCCAAAGCACUGGAAACUAUAUUGUUGUUUUGACUUUGUACGUGGAAGAAUUAUUGAAUAAGAUUUAUUUCAGAUGUUAUAUGUCACUAAGCCACUUAAAUGUAUUUUAUUUGUAUUUGUUUUAGUUCUAUUUCAAUUUUAUUUCAAAACUACCCUUUUUUCUCAGAGCCAUUUUCAGUAUGCACACUGUAAAGGCACACACACCACCAAUGUUUUAUUGGAGAAGGAGUAAGUUGCCGUUUAUAAACUUCCUGAUUUCAACUGACUUUAUGAAGAGGUUAUGUACAUUUAUGAUGCCAUUUUUAUAUGAUUGGGUUUUUAUUUUUAUCUCUAUUUUAACUUUUUGGAGCCAGACAGAAACUUGAUUAUUUGAUUUGAUUGAAUUCAAAUUGCUCAUUGUAUGAAUGUAAGCUUUACUACUGGUUCUGGUCAGACCGAAGCAGGUCGGCGUUUUCGCCAUGCCUCCUUCCUCCCUGACUUUGGUUUCCAUGGAGAACGGAAGACGACUGACUUCACAUAAACUCUGAGACGAGGAGUUGUGGUUGCCAUGGCGUGGUAUCAGUGACUCUGUGUUGGUCUCUGUCUUUCUGCCAGAGUUGUGCCUUUUCCCUGUCAGCCACAGUUUGACUUUUGUUGUACUUUCACCCAGCCAACACUCCAAAGAGCUGCUCAGGCCUCAUCUACUCUUCCACUAGAGGGCGCUCUGCAGGCAAACUACACAGGGAAAAGUGGUUCUGAUUUACUGAGAAUAUAAAAUGUUUUACCAGAAUCCA